AUGUCAAGGUAUAUGUAUUACAAAAAGAGAUACCCCUUCCCGGAGGCUCCCAUACAGCUAAUGGCGGGCGCAGUUACACCCAGGAGUGUAGGGCUGGUCGAUGAGGGGGUUAUCAUAGAGAUGUCCAAAUCGGCUAAAUUCUGGUUUAAUCACACAAAGACCAACACUAAUCUCGUAGGUUUGGCCGCAUUUAUAGUAUGUGUAUUUCCCGUCCACUUCGGUGUCAACGACUGGUCACUGUUUCCCAUAUACUUUCCGUGGGGUGUAAUCAACGCACUGAGUAUGCGAUAUGUGUUUAACAUAAGCCACUGGACGUACACUUAUUUCUAUCUGAUUUGUUUCUACCAUAAGGCGCGUAUGAAACAGACCCGGCUUAUGAUCAAUGCCCAGUACGUAAAGUACGGCCGAACAACUGACCAACACGUCUAUUAUCUGAUCAAUACGUUUGCCGGCAUUUAUGCUGAUAUCUCUGAGAAUAAUAGUCGCUUUUUCAAAACGUUCUCGAUCAUUUUUUUGCCCCUAUUUAUGAUUCUACUUGAUUGCACAAUAUUUGCAGUGUUUUUCUCAGAAUUGCCCCUGGUGACCAGAGUUGUCUCGAGUGUCGCCGAAGAGGCGAAGAAAGCUUACAAACCGUUGCAUAAAUUGCAAACAACUUUGAAAACAAAUUCAAACAUUUGCCGGUAUAAGUUAAUGAUAUUCAUCGAGAAAGUGGGCAAAAAGGAUGUGGGCUUUACUUUUGGCUUUUUAUUUAUGUUUACUUAUUUCAAAUCGUAUGAAAUAUUAUCACUUUUGGGCGCCUUUUUCUUUAAAGUCAUGGAAUUAUAA